UGUCAUAUCCUCUAAAUCAAGGAUACAUAAGUAAUAACAACAAAAUAUAAGAAAAUUGAAUUUAGCAUUUUCUGUGUCUCCCUCUUUCUCUCCACUACGCUUCUCAAAGACGCAGCGUUUCUAAAACCCUAAUCGGGUUUGUGCUAAGAGAGGUUAUGAGCAUGUUCUUAAGAUUUGGUGUCAUUGUGGAAUUGUGAUGCAAGUUGUUUAUGAGCUCAUAGUUAAGAGAGCUCAUUAAAUAUAAGUGUAGUUUGAAGAGAAUGUAUGGAAGAACAUCUGGUCUUGAUAGGUUUAAGAAAGCCGAGAGUUUGGAACCGUUCUCGGUUAAUGUUAAUUCAUCCUCGAGAAAUGUUGCUCAGUCUUCUAGUAAGGUAGUUGGUCAUUCUUCGGCUUGGCCGCUGCCACAGUCGAAGAAUUCUGUACAUCAAUCGCAACAUCAACCACAACAUGGUUCUCAGAAAGGUGUGGGAGUGGAAGCUGCUCCGUUGUUGGGGCAGAAUCAACAGGCAACUCAGAUUGGUGGAGGGCAAUCGAUGUGGCAGCCGCCGGAUUGGGCGAUUGAGCCGCGGCCGGGUGUUUUUUACUUGGAAGUUAUGAAGGAUGGUCAGGUGCUAGAUCGGAUUAAUUUGGAUAGACGGAGAAAUAUUUUUGGGAGGCAAAUCCAGACUUGUGAUUUUGUGCUCGAUCAUCAAUCCGUCUCUCGCCAACAUGCUGCUGUCGUUCCUCACAAGAAUGGCAGUGUAUAUGUAAUUGAUUUGGGAUCUGCACAUGGUACCUUUGUUGCAAAUGAGCGUUUGACCAAGGAUUCACCAGUUGAGUUUGAAGUGGGACAAUCAUUGCGGUUUGCUGCAUCCACGAGGUUAUACAUAUUAAGAAAGAAUGAUGCAGCUCUUUUCCCUCGUCCUUCACCACCCACAGGGGUUAAUUUCCCACCACCUCCUGAUCCAUCGGAUGAAGAAGCUGUUGUUACUUAUAAUACGCUGCUGAAUCGUUAUGGCAUCAACAAGUCUGAUCUAGUGUCCAAAUCCACUGAGCUUGGUAGUUCAACAAAUGGCAAAAACAAGGAUUGCCAAUCAGAAAGAGCUGCUAAGAGAAUUAAGAAGAUGAGAGUUUCAUUCAGGGAUCAAGUUGGGGGAGAGUUAGUUGAAGUUGUUGGAAUUUCAGAUGGUGUAGAUGUAGAAACAGAACCUGGUCCAGUUGGUGUUAAGGAAGGAAGUCUAGUUGGUAAAUAUGAAUCUCUUGUACAAACUACUGUAAUUCCAAAGGGGAAAGGGCAGUCCUCUGCUAGGGAGGUAGAUUCAUCCCAAAAAGGUGUGACUGAUAAACUACAAGAAGUCCUAAAUAAGAUAAAAAACCCCGUUAAAACUGGGAUUUACGAUGACCUUUAUGGAGAAUCAUUAUCUGUCAAAGUUGGAUCAGCCUGGGCAUACUCACCUGUCAGUAGUGGUGAACGAGCGCCAGCAGCUAAGGAGAAUGGAGAAAGUGGAAAAUCAGACAGUAAUCCAAGCAAUCGAAGCAAUGCUGAUUACACGGACGACGAUGACGAUUUGUUUGGGUGACUAUUGAACCUAUGCAGAUUGCAUUUUGGAAUAGAUUUGUGGUAUUUUUUGAGUUUCACAGUUCACAGGGAGUUGAAAACAUGCAAAAUAUUAUGUUGUGCGCUUUUUUAUCAUCUGGAUUUACUGUUCCAUUGCGUCCAUAACCAAUGUUUACCACUGUAUACUCCACAAACUCUUAAAGAUUGCAGGUUCAUCCUUAAAUGGUAAGUUACCCUUUUUAUAGAGCCAUUAAAUAGUUCAAGUAAGGAUUUGUCUCAACAUUUUCUAAGAUGCUUUUCCUGGUAUGUUCUCAGUAAUAAGGAUUGACCAGUAAAGUACAUUGUUACUUGGAAGCAUA